CAGCACCAUGUCAUACACCUGCUGCCUGCCCAACCUGAGCUGCCGCACCAGCUGCUCCUCCCGGCCCUGUGUGCCCCACAGCUGUCAUAGCUGCACCCUGCCUGGGGCCUGCAACAUCCCUGCCAAUGUAGGCAGCUGUGGCUGGUUGUGUGAGGGCUCCUUUAAUGGCAAUGAGAAGGAGACCAUGCAGUUCCUGAAUGACCGCCUGGCCAGCUACCUGGAGAAGGUGCGCCAGCUGGAGCGGGAGAACGCAGAGCUGGAGGGCCGCAUCCGUGAAUGGAACCAGCAGCAAGUGCCCUACGCUUGCCCUGACUACCAGUCCUACUUCCGCACAAUUGAGGAGCUCCAGCAGAAGAUUCUGUGUGCCAAGUCUGAGAAUUCCAGGCUGGUGGUGCAGAUCGACAAUGCCAAGCUGGCCUCUGAUGACUUCAGAACCAAGUACCAGACAGAGCUCUCCAUGAGGCAGCUGGUGGAGGCUGACAUCAACAGCCUGCGCAGGAUUCUGGAUGAGUUGACCCUGUGCAAGUCUGACCUGGAAGCCCAGGUGGAGUCCCUGAGAGAGGAGCUGGUGUGCCUCAAGAAGAACCAUGAGGAGGAAGUCAACUCCCUGAGAAGCCAGCUUGGAGACCGCCUCAAUGUGGAGGUGGAUGCUGCCCCAACUGUGGACCUGAACUGUGUCCUGAAUGAGACCAGGUGUCAGUAUGAGGCCCUGGUGGAGACCAACCGCAGAGAAGUGGAGGAAUGGUUCGCCACACAGACCGAAGAGCUGAAUAAGCAGGUGGUGUCCAGCUCGGAGCAGCUGCAGACCUCCCAGGCACAGAUCACUGAGCUGAAACGUGCAGUCAAUGCCCUGGAGAUUGAGCUGCAGGCUCAGCAUAAUCUGAGAGACUCUCUGGAAAACACACUGACCGAGACUGAGGCCCGCUACAGCUCCCAGCUGUCCCAGGUGCAGUACAUGAUCACCAACGUGGAGUCCCAGCUGGCUGAGAUCCGUGGUGACCUAGAGCGUCAGAACCAGGAGUACCAGGUGCUGCUAGAUGUCAGGGCUCGGCUGGAGAGCGAGAUCAACACAUACCGGGGCCUUCUGGAGAGUGAAGACUGCAAACUGCCCUGCAACCCCUGUGCCACAACCAAUGCCUGUGACAAGUCCGUCGGAUCCUGCACACCUUGUGGUGUACGCUCCCGCUGUGGGCCCUGCAACACCUUUGGGUGCUAGAUGCC